AUGUUGUCCGCAACCUCUCUCAGCAACCGCAGUCAUGCGGCAAAAGAAAAGGCAAAGUUGCGCCUCACGCAGCCGUCGAGCUGGCAAUUACCCAAACAAAACAGCAGCAUCGCUCCAGUCUAUGUUUGGACGAAUGCGGAUAUGGAACCGGUUCCCCCGGAGAAGCGCACAUGGGGCAAAAGCGCUUUCAUCACGUAUUGGUUUAGUGAUCUAGUCACGAUUUCGACAUGGAGCUCUGGCUCGGCCAUAUUGACAAUAGGUUUGACUGCAACCGAUGCUGUACUGAUUGUACUCGUGGCAGCCCUCUGCAAUGCUGUACCAACAGUGCUCAACGGAGCGAUAGGCUCGAAUCUCCACAUCCCUUUCCCUAUCGCAUCGCGCGCAAGCUUCGGAUACUGGUUCAGCUAUUUUGCCGUUGUUAGUAGGGGUGUCUUGGCCAUGUUCUGGUUUGGGGUGCAAACAGCGAAUGGAGGUACAUGUGUCGCUGCAAUUAUCAAUUCGAUAUGGCCCAGCUUCCGGACAAUGGCGAAUCAUCUCCCUGAAUCAGUUGGUCUUACUACAGCUGGGAUGAUCUCGUACUUUCUAUACUGGCUCAUUCAGUUUCCGUUCCUGCUCAUCCCUACCCAUAAACUGCAAUACAUGUUCUGGGUCAAGACAAUUUUGCUGCCGCCAGUCGCCGUUGGUAUGACCAUCUGGGUAGCUGUUCAAGCUGGCGGAAAUGGCACUUUCUUCACGCGUCCACCGGCUGUGCAUGGUUCAGAGCGAGCUUGGCUAUGGCUAUCAAGCAUGACUAGCAUUACCGGUGGCUACAGCACGCUCGCCGUGAACAUUCCCGACUUUUCGCGCUUCAGCAGAGACCCCCAGGCACAAUACUGGCAACUUCCUGUCAUUCCGUUUUUCAAAACCAUGGUCGCCCUCAUGGGUAUUGUUUCCGCGUCUGCCGCACAAAAACUCUGGGGCAAGGCAUAUUGGACACCGCUUCAGAUCAUCGACACUUGGAUGGAUACACCGGGCGGUCGAGCAGCAGCGUUCUUUUGUGCCUCCAUUUGGCUGAUUGGCCAACUGAGCGUGAACAUCAGCGCCAAUGCUGUGUCCUUUGCCAACGAUGUCACGACACUUGCACCAAGAUAUUUCAAUGUGCGACGAGGAUCCAUUCUGGUAGCCUUCACGGGUGGCUGGGCGCUAUGUCCAUGGAUCAUCGUCGCAUCGGGAAAAGCAUUCUUGAAUUUCAUGAGCGCAUAUGCGAUUUUCAUGGCACCAAUGGCGGGUGUGCUGUUUACAGACUACUGGUUGGUCAAACAUAGAAAGUACGACGUCCCCGCCCUGUACGACCCGCGCGGCAUUUAUCGAUACGGCCGCUAUGGCAUCAACUGGCGGGCUGCUGUAGCAACGUUCGUCACAAUCAUACCCUUGCUACCAGGACUAGCCAACAAAGUCAAUCCGGACCUAAAGCUUACACAGGGACUUCGGAACCUUUUCACUUUCAACUGGCUUUAUGGCUUCUUUCUUUCCAUGUUCUUAUACUACUUUGCUAAUUUCUUCUUCCCCGAACGAGAUACGCUCAUCUCGCACGUCGUUACUGGUUUUGAACACCUAGAUGGAGUCGACAUGGAAUGCGAGACGAGCAGCUAUACCAAGGAUAAAGAUAUUGAAGCAUCUAAAGGGGGUCCUGAGAUGAAAGUAUCUCCACAGCCAUAA